GUGCUGCGUCAUCUGAGGACUGCAGGUCCCACAAACACCGAUGGGUUCCCCCUGCAGUGUGAGAGAUCAGCAAUGGGAUUGGAAGCAGAGAGGGAGGGAGAGAGGCGAGUGCUGCUGCUGCUGCUGCAGAGCAACGUUUAGCCUGGCUAAGAAGUUAAACGGCACACAGCGACACAUCUGAUUGAGCCGGGCUGUGAUCCUGGUGUUACAGCCAUGUCCUCAAAGCAGCUGCGGGACGUGGCCUUUGGGAAGAGGUUUUCUGUGGUCUUCAUCCUGACGUGGGCCCUCUCUGUGACCUCUCUGCCUGCAGACGAGAAGGGAAGGAGGAAGGUAGUGCACGUGCUCGAGGACGACAGUGGAGCUGUGAUCGUGCAGACUGCUCCGGGUAAAGUGGUGACACAUCGCGGCGGCUCCAUCACUCUGCCCUGCAGGUUCCACCAUGAGCCCGAGAACACAGAUCCUGCUCGCAUCCGGAUCAAGUGGACCAAAGUGACUGACGCGCUGCAGUUUGAGGACGUCUUUGUGGCUCUCGGGAGGCAGCAGCGUGUGUUUGGAGCGUACAGAGGCCGUGUGUUUCUGGAGCAGGCGGGACCAGGAGACGCCUCAGUGAUCAUCCAAAAUGUCACCCUGGAGGACUACGGACGCUACGAGUGUGAAGUCACUAAUGACAUGGAAGAUGACACAGGAUUCGUCAACCUGGACCUGGAAGGAGUGGUGUUCCCCUAUUACCCCCGUGAGGGGCGCUAUAAGCUGAACUACCACCAGGCUGAAGACGCAUGCAAAAAACAGGAUGCUAUACUGGCCUCCCACUCCCAACUGCACAAGGCCUGGCUGGAGGGACUAGACUGGUGUAACGCCGGCUGGCUGGAGGACGGCUCGGUCCAGUACCCUAUCGCUCAUCCCAGAGACCAGUGCGGACGCAAGGACACCCCUGCUGGAGUCCGUAACUAUGGUUACCGGCACUUGGACGAUGAGCACUAUGAUGCUUUCUGCUUCACUUCCAAGCUCAAUGGCAAAGUGUACUUCCUGAAACGCUUUAAGAAGGUGAACUAUGCGGAGGCGAUGAAGGCCUGUGUUCGCGAUGGCUCAGUGGUGGCUAAUGUGGGCCAGCUGUACGCUGCAUGGAAGUUCCAGCUUCUGGACCGCUGUGAGGCCGGCUGGCUGGAGGACGGCAGCAUCCGUUAUCCCAUCGUCAACCCCCGCUCUCGCUGUGGAGGAGCCCAGCCAGGCGUCCGUCACCUGGGCUUCGCUGAUAAAAAAUUCCGCCUAUACGGGGUCUACUGUUUCCGCAAGAACACGGACAAGGCAGCGGAUGGUUCUGGAAAGACAAAGAGCCGAGGUGAUAGUCUGAUAAGCACAAAGAGCAACAACAGCAUUCCAGUGAAUGCUACAAGGGCGAUUUGAAAUGGAAAAGACUCAGAGCAAAUUUUAGAUUUGAGCCGAGCAGCCAUUCAUCGCUUUUAAAAAAAAAAAAUCCCUCACAGACAAGAUGCUCCUGUUUGCUAGAGAGAAGAAGAAGAAGGGUGACAUCUUUAUUAGGGUGAUUUUCCUCUCGUCUCCAGUCAGUGGAUCAUCUUCAGAGGGGAGUAUGUUAACACAUCUGCAGCAAGAUUAAACAGAAGCUCCAUCAUCAUUCAGCCGCACAUCAGAUCAGAGAGUCAGCUGUGAUUCUUCUUGUUUACAUGUUUGAGCUCCAAUCAGAGCCAUGAUCCCAGAGCCAGGUUAAUAAAGCAUUAACAGAGAUGAUCUGUGUGGAGAGAAUCCAAGAUGCCUUGUUGAUUUUGAUUGCUCCAUCUUUAAUUGCCUGUAUCUGGGCACCAUGCUUGGUUAGCAAGCCUCUGGCACGUGUGGGACAUUUGUCUCAUUAAUGAAAACCUCACAGCUUCCUUUAUCAGAGCUUAACAGGCAGAGAAGUAAAGAUUGAAUUAUGAGCAUUUUAAAAAUCAUGGAGCUUUAUUUUAUGAUAGUAACGUAGUCUUAGUCUAAAGCAAGCAUGCACUGCUUGGCUGAGAAACAGCUGCUGAGGCUGAAUAAGGAAACAAACAAAAGCAACAAUAAACACAAGUGACGCACUUCCUGCACCUUUAAGCUACCUGGGCAAUCACUUGCACUACACGGUAAAUACUACGAGCAGCAACCUUUAAGACAGUGAAUGUUUGCCAUGAAGUACUGGAUGAAAGAUGAACACAUAAUAAAAGUCUUGACUUGUUGUGUU